UAACCAAUCACAGCAACGACCAUACAAAUGGGAAGAUGUGGGAAUGGCACUCAAAACGUUUCACAAACCCUCAAAUGAAAAUAUUAAUGCAGUUAUAAAAUCGCAACUCCCUAUGCAAUUAAUAAAGUUUAAAGGUGUCGGUAACAGUAAAACUAACUUGGGAGGACAAAAACAAAUGAUACUCAUGUAUAAAACUGUAUUUUCAGUAUUUAGAAUGAACUCUUCAGCAGUCAAAAACGUGACUGAAUGGUCUUCAAAGGAAUCGAGAAAAAAGAGCCAAUCAGUUCUCUUGUUGUUUCCUGCGUUGGUAUGAGACGGUCAGUGUCGAUUCAAAAGGAGAAAAGAGCGAAGUGUAGUUAGUGAUUAAAAUAGAUUAAUUUGUGUUAUUUGAGGAAGAAGGACUACAGAAGGAUACAAAAUAAAUCUGAACGGUCUACAUUUAUAAUUGAGCCAUGUUGUUGGUUUGGUUGGGAAACUGUAAAAGUAACGAGUGUAAUUUUGUAUUGAGCAUUAUUUAUUUGCUUUUGAAAAAAAAAACAUACUCCAUUUUAAUUUGUUUGAUCCAUAAUUCAUUAUUAAUAAUCGUGUUCGAUUGUGUAAGCAGGCGCGUUAUAUUAAGUAAGGGAUUUCCAGGUCCUAAAACCUGCACAAUACGUAACCCAAAGCUGAAUUGGUGGAAGACUUAUGUACAAAUGCAUGUGCUUGUAUUUUCUGGUUUUUACAAUACCAUGGACAAGGAUUUAUCAGAACAGGGCUAACAAAAAAGGAUUUCAUAAAGUCGUGUUCUGUUGUUUGACAGUAGAUCAGAAUAGUGAAAAACAUAUAUAACUUAGACAUUUUUUAUAUUAAAAAGCCAGGAUGUAUUUCGGGUAAAUAAUGUGGAGCCUAAACGUUGUACACAUGUAUAAACACAAUUUUCAUCGUUUCUAAAGUGUAGCCUAUAACAAACACAAUUGCCAGUUUUGUCACAGUUACACGAGCUCGAGCCUCGAGUGUUAAUACUAGUAAGUAAUGGUGGUGAAUACAGUUCACUGGUUCAGAAAGGGCUUGAGGCUCCACGCAAAUCCUUCAUUACGAGAAUCUAUCCAAGGUGCUGAUAGCAUUCGGUGUGUUUAUAUCCUCGAUCCCUGGUUUGCAGGAUGAUCCAACGUCGGGAUCAACCGAUGGAGGUUUCUACUUCAGUGUCUUGAGGACCUUGAUGCCAGUCUUCGGAAGUUAAAUUCACACCUGUUUGUGAUCCAUGGGCAGCCAGCUGACAUCUUUCCAAGGCUUUUUAAGGUUUUGACACAGAAGGUCUACCCUCAGCUCUUUGGCCAGGUGGAGAAACAGAAGCACUUACAGAGAGAAAGGCAUGGGUGGCUAACUUUGAAAGACCUUGAAUGAAUGCAAACUCCCUCCUCACAAGUCCAACAGGAUUACCUUGAAAGAAGAAUAUGUUGGCAGGUCUUCUUGCUUCAGUGCCUUCCCACCCCAGUGGCAAUGGGAAUGGUGGGAUGAUGGGAUUCUUACCAGGAAAGGGCAUGCACGGGGGUAACAAAGAAGCAAAAGGAUAUUGGAUUAAAACAAUGUUGAAUAUUAAUAUAUAUAGAGAUAACUAGUUCAUCUCAUUGUCAACUUUGUUUCUAAUUUUUUAUUUACUUUUUAAUUUGUAGGUACUCCAGUAAGAGUUAGGAAAGGAAAUGCAGGAAUAUAGCAGCAAGGUAGAAACAAACAUAGAACUUUCAUUGAACCACAGCAAGGGGGUGCAGUAGAAAAUUAUAUUAUAAUACCCAUUGGUGUACCAUAUAGUCCACCCUCUGUAGCAUAUUGCGUUUACAAUCCAGCCUCAAAAGCCAGUUUUGUAUUUGGUACAAGGAAUGGAGGGUUAAUAAAGGCGGAGCUAUAGUGGCUUAUUGCAGGCUUCUUAGUAUAGCCCUCAGAAGCUAUGAAUAAAGAGAGUCUGAGGAUUUCAAAAGGGUUAGUAUGGGUGUUAAAGUCCUCUGAAAAGCAACCGGAUUGCAUCACUCUGAAUUACUACCAUUAACCACAAGAUGGCAUUGUAAGACUUGACAAGCUUCCUGCAGAAGUGAGACAACACAUACUUGGUUACAGCUGUUUAUGAUUAUUAUUGUGUUUUUUGUUAGUAACUCAUUUUGAAAGAAUAUUCUAUUAUUAUUGUUUGUUUAUUUAGCAGACGUCUUUAUCCAAGGCGACUUACAGAGACUAGGGUGUGUGAACUAUGCAUCAGCUGCAAAGUCACUUACAAUUACGUCUCACCCGAAAGACAGAGCACAAGGAGGUUAAGUGACUUGCUCAGGGUCACACAAUGAGUCAGUGGCUGAGGUGGGAUUUGAACCGGGGACCUCCUGGUUACAAGCCAUUUUCUUUAACCACUGGACCACACAGCCUCCUGUAUUCUGUAUUCUUUCUGUAUUCUAUAUUCUUUCCUUCAUUGUUUCUAAUACGUCGACUAUUGUUCAAAGGCUAUGGACGAGGAAGCAACGUUUUGUGAUACACACAAGGAAACACGCAACAAACACAAAGUGUCAUCUUACAGCAUGGUAAUAGUUGCAUGAAUCUUUAUUACAUUGAUACAGGUGCUUUAAUAUUGAGCCCUAUUGUAGAAAUGAUUUGUGUAGGCAGUGAGGAUAUUUCAGUUGAUUCCAUGCAGUAAAUGUCAAUUUUUUAAAAUUACUAUUACAGUCAGCGCCUCCUAAUCGGGAUACUGAUAAUCAAGAUUUCUGCUUAAAUGGGAUCCAACUCUGGGAGACGGUUCUUUCCAAUGCUAUUUAUGUAGCUUAAUUGGGACGUCACUUCAUUUAAUUGGGAUACAGUAUUUUCAAAGGAUGAACAGAGCUCGCUUUUCAGAGUGUAAACCACGCUGAAAUCUUGAAGGAGUUGGAGUCUCCUGUGGUUUGUCAGGCUGCUGUUGCAAGGAAAGUUGGUGUCAACCUCGCAGGUGCCUCGACUUAUGAUAAGAUAUGAUUUUCAUUCUUUUUCUUUUCAUUUUUAGAAACAAAAAAGUGUGACUAAGGUCAUCUCAAAUGCCUCUAGUUUAAUUGGGACAGCCACUUUUGGAAUAUUUUUAUUUCUCGCGAGGAGUCCCAAUAAAGUGUAAUAGCUUCAGUGUCACAAUGGCCAACACUUGAUAUGACAGAGAAUAACCUUGUACUGUCGGAAUUGGGAUUUUGCAAUUGUUCUCAUCUUUCCUGGCCAUUUUAGAUUUUUGCUCGGAACACAAAAAACAGUCGGAAAGUUAAAACACCGCCACUAAAGCCCUCCCUGAUGGAUAUUCAGGGCCAAUGAUUUAUUUUCUUUUAGUUAAGAAAUCAGCUGCAAAUUCCCAGUUGCAUUUACUUGCAUAAAUAAAUAAACAAACGACCUGUAGGGGAAAUUACACUAAACAAUUUGCGUUGCAAUAUGACUCUGUCCUUGAAAUGUGCAGAUUAGAAAACGUCACAUGAUAUGAGAAAAGGAACCCUACAAAUGGGGUUGCAAAGGGGUUGCGCUACAGCGUACCCUACCAGCCAGGCACCUAGUGAGUUCAAGCGGACAACUGCAGAGCUCGCAGACAUCUGAUCUGGAGUUCCUGGGUGUGAAAGAGGAAACUGGCUCGGUCGCCGGAUCAGAGGAUGUACACUGAACCUUCGGUUCUCCUGAGUUGUGUGGGUAAUUGCAGCGGUGAGUGGAAAAAUAAUUGGGCAUUUUAAACUAGGGAGAAAAUCGGGGGUAAAAUAAUCAUCCAGAAGCAUAUAACUGUAAAAAUGUGAAAAUCAAAUACUACAUGAAAUAAAAGGACUUUAAAUUCUGGAAAGAAAAUGUAAAAAUUAUCUUUAUGAAGUAUAACGGAAUGCAUCUGAAAAAAACUACAACAAAAAUAUACAUUUUGACCGUGUUUGCGGUUAAAAAUAAAAAGAAUAGGGGCUCCCGAGUGGCGCAUCCAGUAAUAGCACUCGCUAGAGUGCAGGAUGCGCUCUAUAGCCUGGACAUCGCCGGUUCGAGUCCAGGCUAUUCCACAGCCGACCGUGGACGGGAGCUCCCAGGGGGCGGCGCUCAAUUGGCCGAGCGUUGCCCGGCAGGAGGGAGGGUUAGGUCGGCCAGGGUGUCCUCGGCUCACCGCGCAGCAGCGACCCCUGUAGUCUGGCCGGGCGCCUGCGGGCUUGCCUGUAAGCUGCCCAGAGCUACGUUGUCCUCCGACGCUGUAGCUCUGAGGCGGCUGCACGGUGAGUUCGCAGUGUGUAAAGAAGCAGGCGGCUGACGGCACACGCUUCGGAGGACAGCGUGUGUUCAUCUUCGCCCCUCCCGAGUCAGCGCAGGGGUGGUAGCGGUGAUCUGAGCCUAAAAAAUAAUUGGGCAUUUCAAAUUGGGGAGAAAAUAAUAAAAACUAAUUGGCAACGACUAAAUUAUUAAAAAAAAAAAAAAAUUAAAAAAAUUAAAAAUAAAAAGAAUAUACUACAAUCAAAUCGAUAAGACUGCUUUAGUAUAUUGUUUUCUCAGUUGCAUAACACCUGUUAUGCAUGCAUUAUUCAUUCAUUAGCAUUAUGUAACAUAAUGGAAACCUUAUGAUGUUACAUAAUCUUGUUUCAUAUUGUGCAGAGGAAAAAAACGAUACCUCCAAUGACAGCAUUGCCAUAAUCUGAUAUGCUUCCUAAUCUAUAAACAUGUUUAAGGUCAAACAAAAUGUACUUCUGCACCCAAUUAUAACUGAAAAUGGAGUAAAAAAAAUGACAUAUAAAGUGGUUAGAAACAUAGAAACAUUUUGCCCAGAAAUUCCAGGCCUCCUUGUAUUUCCUUGUUAUGCAUAUCUACAUAAAUACAGCGAUGGUGAUAUUCUAUACAAUGACAAUGACAAUACGGUAAAUUAUACCCAUGUUUUUAAAACACACUGCACUCAUCCCAAUUGCAAAAUCAAUCUGAACCUUGAUCUCUGGUAAAUAAAACUGGAUGGAAGAACAUUUCAAACAUUUGAGUGGCCUUCUACAGUGGUGGUACACAGUAAACAAAUGAAUCAUUCUUAGUAACAGACACAUGGUAGUGGUAUACCACUGAUAAUAAAUCUCCAACCAGAAAAUAUCUAUUAUUCCAAAUGUUUUAGAGAUUACUAACAACCACCCAAUAAUCUCUUAGCAUUACAGGACAAGGGUAGUGAUUCAGUGGGUAUUAAAGUGCUCAGCCUCUCUCUGAAAGCUUAUUGUGCAGAGUGGAGCCUGGCUCAGCAACAUGUGUGACUGUGGAGAGAACGCGCACACAAAACCGAUCAGGCUGAUUGCUGCAGCUUGUAACAACAUGGGUAUCGGGAAAAAUGGGUACCUGCCAUGGAACCUCCCGAGCGAGUUUACAUUUUUUUUGGACACCAUCUCGUCUGUUUCUACCCCAGGCAUGAAGAACCUGCUGGUGUGGGGUAGAAAGUGUUGGGAGGCAUUCCCCGAGAGCCUCCUCCCUCUCCCAAACACCAUGCAUGUCAUCCUGAGCCGGACCCUGAGCUCUGUACCAAAGCAUGCUCAGUAUCUCUGCUCUGAUCUACAAGGUUCAGUUAAACUGGGAUCUACACAUCCCCUCAGUGAAGUUAUUGAAACGAUUUGGAUAAUUGGUGGUGUUGAGCCAUACAUAGAAGCUUUGCAGCAUCCAUGGUGUGACCUGGUUUACCUUACUGAUGUCCAGGCAGACUUUGAAUGUGACACCUACUUCCCAGAAUUCAACAACAAUGUCUACAAACUAGUUGAUGAGUUUCCUGGUGUGCCUAGUGGAAUCCAAGAGGAAAAUGGCAUAAAAUUCAAAUACCAAGUUUUCAAGAAGGUUGCGCAGUGAAAGUAUUGGGAAACUGUUACGGAUGGAGUAUAGACAAGUUUUAACUAGCUGUAUAUGUGUUAAUACACUUUUCUGUACAUCAGUGGCUGAAAUGUGAAAUGUUUGGGGAAGGACAACUGAACUAAAGUAGUUCAAAGACUAAAAAAAUACUGAAUUUAAAAAAGGUUGUGGACAUAUGGGAACUAACAGACAUUUCAUUAUGAAUUGUAACCAUAUAUGUAGAGCAUCUACUGGACUUGCUUCCCCUGCAACACCCUAUUUGAAUACAUUUUAGUGUACUGUAAGUUCUGUAAAUCAGUUACAGUUAAUGGUUCUGGCCAAAUUUAGCAGUCGCUUAUUGAAAAUUACUUCUAAGAAUAUGAAUUCACUUAACACGAAUUUCAUGUGUAAAUUACAAGUGCAGUUCAUUUGCAAUGUAUAGUUUUUAAAAGUUCACUUACAACUGUAUUUUCAAAAGAUGCACAGUACACUAAUGCUUUUCAUUAUUCUAUAACUGAAACUUCAAUAAAAAGUGACAGUAUG